ACUUCCCAUAAAACAGUGAGCUCGAGCACCUCGGUCUCCAUGACAGUCUUGUUAUUGUUGUUUAGUAGAUAAUCAUGGAUGGAUGAAGAAUACAACUGCUUUUCUCUCCAAUAAACCCUUCCUAAUAUAUAAGUCGACGAUAUGGUGGAAUAAUCCAAAUUUUCAUGUUCUCGGACUCUUUUCUCUCAUUCACACAAGGUUUGAUAGAUCAGGUUCGGCCCAGCUCAGUGCUGGAAACUGCACAUUUUCUCACAGCUCAGUUGUGAUCCAGUCCGUGUGGUUCCUGUUUAUUUGUGAAGAAUGAGAGAGGAGCGGCGGUGCAGCGGUCGGGUCCGGACACAGGAGGCUCGGAGUCGGAUCACAGGCUUGAUGGAGGAGAUGCGCCUGUAACAGCAUCAGGAGGAUGAUUUCACGAUACAGCCGUCGGCCUGUAUCUCACAACCUAGAGAUUCGUGGUUUGUCCCGCAGUGGUCUGGACCAGCAUCCUCUUCCAGAGGAGGCAGAUGAUGAUACUGUGCAUCCUCCCAGACUCCUGCAUGAUCUACGGGAGGACAUGUCCUCAUACAGCAGGUCUGAGGAGUCCUCUGCAUCAUCCAUCAGAUCAGGAUGUCAGACACUCACCACAGAUGACACAGCUCAGUCUUGGUCUGGUAUCCAUAGUUACACAGGAACUGGCAUCUCUACAGAACGCAGCUCUGUCUUUUCGUGGGGCUACGAUGAAUUUGAUAAAGCCGCUUCCAGGCAGGUCCAGCAGAUGUUUGAAGAGAUUGAAGAACUGUUGUAUGAGAGGAAAUGUGAAACUCAGCUCAAAGGCCUGCAGGAAGAGUGUCAAGAGUGGGCUUCACGAUUCCCUCAUCUACGGAUCCUCGGAGCGCAGCUGGUGUGUCCUACAGAUGAAGGAUUCCAGUGGUACGCCACACCAGCUCUCACGCCCAUCCCCUCCAGUGGCGGCCAGAGCAAAGAGAUAACCGGCAAUGAGUUGUGUGUGCAGGGUCGGAGGGCUGUUUUGUGUCGGCCCUCUGUGGAGGUGACCCACCCUAGUGUCACGCCCAGCUGUAACCAUGGAGAUGAGUUGCCCAGGGUGAUUGAGGCCGAGGGGCUGAUAGAAGAGUAUCUCGCUUUCGACUGCAGGGACCUGGACGAGGAAUGGGAACGUGAGUAUGUGAGCAGACGGCGGAGGCGCUGCCUGCCCCCUGUCUCGCCCUAUCGCUGUCGUCGGGAGGCGGUUCUUGAUCUGCUGUUUGAUGAUGUGUGGCGUGAGCUCAUUGGCUGGAUGGAGGAGCUUGUACGUAGGCAUUGGGAGGGUUCUGUGUCAGAUGAUGAGAAGAAUGCCGUGGCCCUCAGCCCUGCGUGCCCCGAUACCCAGAAUCCUUUUUUGCUGCUGUCCAAUGUCUCACCAGUGCUUCCUCCACUGUCACAGAGCAGAACACAGCAGCUCACAGCCAGCUUGCAGGCCCAGAGCUCAAAGUCAUGGGGUUCAAAGCACAAGUCAAGACGGAAAUCCAAAAAGCAGAGAAAGUCAUCGACUACCAGUCGAGUGCCUGUAGGGGCGGCGGUUGCUCAUCACAAUCUCAAUGACCUCAUCAUGAUACAUGGCAUUCCACUGCAGCAGAGGAACCUGGGAACUCUGGACCGAAUAACUCAGGAAUCUGAGGAGAAAGUUUCUCAUCGUCCCGGGUCUAGUGUCAUUCCCACCAGUAAACCUCGGCCUCGUCGUGCGCUGGAACAAAGCACUUCCUCCUUGACUCGCCCCCCUCAGUCGGCACGGCGACGGAACCCACCUCCUCGCACUCUGAUGCCAUUGACGUCCAGUGUAACGCAGCCCAUCACAACUGGCUCCAUGGAAGAGGUGGUUAGAGGCACAAGAUUGACGACCGCCAGCGAUCGUUUGGCCUCUCCUCCAAUGCCUCUCAGCAGAAACACACUUCUCCCUCCCAUCGGCACAGGAGACACAGACCACACCUACCCCGGGCAGCACUCACGGCUUAUGCAGAAGCAGAGAGGCUCCUCCAGUCGUGCACAUAGUGCAGUGACUGACGAGGGUGUCAGUCUGCAGCCCCGGGACAAAAUGCACUUGCUGGAUGUGUUUUCCAGACCCAACACCACACACACCUUUAGGUCAGACACUCCUUACCGCCGUUCAUUUACUGGAAUAGACAACGCCGGGCAGGGACGACCUGGCAGAGCGUCUGUUGGCGUAGAUUCUCUGGGAAUUGGUGUGACUGGAAUCAGUUUGGGCAUCAGCAGUUCCUCCUUCAUAGACUCAUUUUCCCAUCAUCCCCUUGGCCACUUCCCCAUUGAGCAUGAGGAGGAGUCAGAUGCAAAAGCUCAGCCCCCGGCACGUUCCCACAACAAAGGCGGUACGACGGCACGCAGUAGCAGACCAGGGCUUUAACACAAAAUACAUGUACACACACACACACACACACACACACACACACACACACAAUCUCCCUCACCUUCUUGAACCAAACUCACCUCAGCACUGACGCAACUUUUCUUCAGUACUGACAGACGCUUUAUACGUCUGCUGGACUUUUGUAUGACAUGCCGUUUUGGCGUGGACUUUAUUUAUGGCCGCUGUUGUUAUUAUUAAUAGUAUUGUUAUUCAUGUUGUUGUUUGAAAUUUUCUAAAAUCCUAUUUUUGUAUAUUGGACUAUUCAGCUUCAUAUGGCUGCCAAAUACAGGAAACUGUCUAUCCAUUACAUCUGUAGAUGUACUGUACAUGCUGUACUGUAUGGAGUAACAACUUUUGGUUUUCCCUAAAGACGUCUCUAUGAGGCCUACAUGGAGUUUCUAUGCAGGUUCAUACAAUCAGGGUGUUUAAAUUGCUUGAAUGUUGCCCGCACCGGAUUGUUUAAAACUAUUAGAUUGUGGAACCUGCUAUGGAAGAUUAUACUGUCUAUAUCCUAGACGGAUGUUCAUCGUGAUGCAAUCCCAACAACUUUAUCCACAAUCAUGGACAAUAGGUGUGUAAGAAUUCUUAUGAAGAUUCCAAGGUUAUAAGCCUUUUUUAUCAUGAUUCCAUGAUCAUGGAAUGUUCAAUAGCAUUCAGACUGACUCCAAGGUCUUAUUCCCAGCAGAGCUUCAGUGUAGAACCUCCAUGACCCUGUUUUUCAGAGAUACACUGAAAUUCUGGAAGUAUAUCUGCAAUACGAGUGCGGGACAGUACAAUUGUACAGCCUACAUAAUGACGGGUGAAAAGAGGAUUAAAAGUUUCAAGUUUCUUAUUAAAACAUUUUGUUAUUGAGAAAAUGAGCCUUAAGGUGGGUUCAUAUUCGCGGAAUUUAGGUGAAAUUUUGCGGGCAAAAAAAGAUCAAUUUUCCAUUUGUAAAUCCUGUAGCGAUGUAUGAAGCACAGCUCACACUUGCAAGUCACUUGCUUUCAAAAACGCAGUUUUCUGCUGGUCUGCAUGGUGAACUUGAACAUGAGCUAAAUCUUGCAUGGGGAAAUUUUCCGCCCAUACGCGAAACUCCCAAUUGCACGGAUUUCUAUUGCAAUGAAUGGAAUUUGCCCGCAAAAAAAAUGCACGGAGAAACGGUAAAUGUGACCGCACCUUCAGUCCUGUGAGCCAUUCAGAGCUUGGAAAGUGAUGGACAGGGUAGUGUGUAUUAUUUUUUUUACACACACAAAGACUGCAGAGGUUUCAGGGUUUGUUCAAACAAGCGUACUGUAAAAAUCAGAAAAAAAAAAAAAAAAAAUUGUCUGCAUUUCACAGGAUUAUUAUAGGAUUUCACAGGAAUAUUAUAGGGAAAGUCUUUAAUUCAGUUUUUUAAAUGGCCAUUUGGUUCCUUUGGUGCCAGGAAAUCCUUAAAUAUUUAACACUGACUGGUAAAGCACAUUUUGACGUACCAUUUUACUGGCAGAUAUUGAAUGUGGCUCUUACAGGUUUGUAAUGUUUAUGUGGCAGCUUCACUGUAACAGCAUUUAUUGAAAUCGUACCGACUGAACAUUUGCAUUUCUCCGAUUUGAUUAACGUGUUGAUCUCAGUGAGUGAGUAUUGCUUUUAAUUGACUUUUUUCCUAUCUGGAGAGUAACCAAGCUCAAAGCAUGUAUUAUGAGUGUACAGGCCAUUAUAAUGUUUAAUGAUCAGAAAGAUGGAUUCCUCUACAGCCAUAAUGAAGGGAUGUCACAAGAAGACAUCUCUUCAUACCCCAGCCUAACGCCUCCGCCUCUAAGACAAAUCCAACUAUUCUUCACUCAGCUCGGCAAGGACAAUCUAGAGUUGCAGAAGUUGUAGCCAUAUUUGACUUCUAGAGUUUCUUUGUUAUUCAACAGAGAUUUCUAGAGUUCCAGUAGACAUUCUGCUGUCCGAGUUUCAUUGCUGCUGAUUUGAGUGGGCAGAUUUCAAGGGCCAUGUCACCUGAAUCAACAGACCAUGCUGGUCUUUUAAAUACAGAUGCAGAUCUUGUGCAAGUGGACGUAUUUUCUAUGUGGAAAUAAUGGCUUAUCUGCUUUGAAUUUGGUGGAGAUGACAGUGCUGGAUGAGUGUGUGUGUGUAUGUGUGUGUGUGUGCGUGUGGAGGUGACAGCUCUUGGCAGGUGUAGCACUGCUAUAUCUAAGAUUCCCCCUAAAUGUUUACCUCUGUAACAUAAAUGAGAAUGGCAAAUGAAAAAAUAAAGGUAAUUCUUUGAAUAA